GAUUUGAAAGUUUUGUUAUUGCAACUGCUAUAUGUUCAAUUUGUAGUUAUUCACUAUGGCAUCUGCCAAUGACAGUGGUUUAAGCAGCAGCAUUCUUUCUAUGGACUCUUCAAGCUGCAAUCUUGAGAUUGAAAAGCCAUUGUUAUCUGGAGAUAAACCAGACCCAUCCCCAUCGUCAUCAUCAGCAUUAGACCCAAGCCAUAGCACAAAUGGUGCCAUAGGAGUAGCACCAGCACCUGGUGUUACCUCAAUCUGUGACCCAACGUGUGGCGAUGGUGGGUCGGCUGCCAUUGGGGAGCAGUUCCUCAUACUUGCUAAGUCUGCAAAAGGAGCUGCAGCUGUACAACUCAUCAAAGAAGCUCUUGAAGCUCCUGGUCUUUAUGUCUUUGCAGAACUUCUACAAAUGCCAAAUAUUAAAGAGCUGAAUUCAGUGGUUGAAUACAGCUCAUACUACAGACUGGUGGAGGUGUUUGCAUUUGGAGUUUAUGAAGAUUACCUGAAGAGCGAGCCUCCCUUGCCUCCACUCUCCCCUCUUAUGCUCACCAAGCUUCGUCAUCUCACCAUCAUCACCAUGGCAAACUCAGCCAAAACUUUACUUCUUGAUAAUUUAGUUAAGGAACUUUGCUUAAAUAGUCGGAGAGAGUUGGAGGAUUUAAUAAUUGAAGCUAUUUAUGCAGAUGUGCUACAUGGCAAACUGGACCAGAAGAAUGGGGUCUUGGAAGUGGACUUUGCCUUAGGGCGUGAUAUCAAGCCUGAAGAUCUACCUGAUAUUGCUGCUACUCUUAAGGCGUGGUGCAAUAAUUGCAAUGGACUGCUGGGAACUCUCGAGUCGCUUGUGUUGAAAGCCAACAGUCAGAAGGAGCUAAGUAUACAGCAGGCCAACUACAUCGAGUUUGAGGUAAACAAAAUAAAGGCUAAUUUCCUGCGGCAAGCUGGCUCGAGCGGUGACACUGAAGAUGGUGCUUCUCAGAUCGAAGGUCUCAGAGAUUUCGAGAAGAAACUCCACAGGCAGAAGAAAGGCACUGGGUCUUCAGGCAUGACUAAGGCGAUUCCUUCUAAAUUCUGGCCUAAAUCUUCGUAGCGUCCUAAGUUCAUCGUGUAUUUAUAGGGCAACGAAUAAAAAAUAUUCUUGUAGGAGUGAAGUGGACAGGUGUUUUCACAGUAGAUUUCAGCUCCUCAAAAAACGUAAUAAACAUGCGGUUUAAUUAUUCUACGUAUAUGAAUUGAAUUAAUUAAUGUGACUCUUUGGAAGCAAAGCUCUGUUUUCUUGUGAGAUCAGUUUAUAAACGCCAUUUUAGUCUUUCUGACGAAUAUUUCCUGGCCAAACCCAAACAAUUAUCAUUUAUUUCCUUUUGCUAUGCUUACACUAAAGCUCACAAUCAACGCAAAUAAGCUUUCCAUCUACAAGUCAAAAUGAAAAUCUCUACAAUAUUUUCCAACAGCAUAACCUCCGAAACCAUAUAUUAACACGCUUGGCGUGGUUAAAUUUAUUAUAAACGUAACACUUGCCUAGUUACUCAAUUUUACGUCUGAAUCUCCAAGAUAGAACUUUGUCUGAAUUUUCACCAUUUUUUUUGGGGAGGGGGGGGGGUGUGUUUUGUGAGAUAAAAACAAGAAGCUGGUCGUCCCGUUAACUAUAAAGACGAACAAUUCCUUGUCCCGUCAGUUAUUCCUCGUGUAUCAAUUUUUCAUUUCGCUUUAAUGACUCACAUCUACCCCAGUGAAUUAACACGAGGCCUGCUUGGCCAUCUUUUUGGCUUUCGAUUCCUUUGGCAACGUUGAUAUUCUGAGGAUCCUAAACUAUUUUGCGUAUAGGUAUCUGCGAUGUGUUUGGAAAUUAAAUUCUAUGAGCAGCGAGGUCCCUGUCUCCAUCUUCAGCGGAGAAAACUUCAGGAUAUAUCGUUUUAUG